AUGGAGCAUAACGACUUUCGAGUCGUUUCAUCGUCCACAGUGUCCAGGAAAGGUUCUACAAAUAUGGGAGGUGGAAUGGUCGUCGCUGGCGGACUUCAAAAUUCGAACAGAUUCAGAUACACGUUAGGAGAGGUCUGCUCAACAAAUGUGACAUUGGAUGUGAACGUCGGAACUGGCUGGACUAGGAUACGGCUGAAAGAAGUACCAAAAUUCAUCGUCCACGCCUUCAACAUGAUUUCAAAAUAUGGAAUGGAAAAUGACGGAUUAUUUCGAAAAGAAGGAAACGCGCCUCGUUUGAAUCGUGUUGAAACACAAAUGAUCUACAGAGGACAAUGUGAUAUUUCGGGUGAUUAUACUGUUGCUGAUGUGUGUACAAUGGUUAAACGAUUCCUUCGCGAUCUAAAGCCACCACUUCUGGAUUCUGAGCAGUUUCGUGCACGGCUUCUGAAGAAAGCGUGUCAGGCGAGAAUCUCAGAUUCGUAUUUAAUGACACGUGAAGAAAUGGCAGACAUGUUUUAUGUGGAAAGUAAAUCAAAAGAGAAACAAACUCCUCUUCUUUCGGAUGUUCAUUCUUCGACGUUGGGUUAUGUGAUGCGACAGUUAUAUAGGAUCUCAAUGUACAGUGACAAACACAAAAUGUCGAUCGAAAACCUUGCCGUUGUCCUCGUUGGAAGCGUUUUUGGCGAUGGAAUUCAUGAUCCAAAAAAGAGCGGACAGAUGCGUCGUGGGUCGAGAGAUGACAUUUUGGCCCAGAAAAAACAAGAUAUGAAUGUGCACGUGGCGGCGGUGAAAUUGUUGAUAACGAAUGCCAAUCUAAUUGGAGUCCGCCGUGAUCCGUACGUCACCAGUAACGCAAUGGCUCGAAGCUCCAGUGCGAUGCCACGUUGCAUGUCCAGUGGAUAUGAGACGGCAUCAUCUGAAGCUGAUUGUAUGUCCACAAAGACAUCAUCGUCCACAUUGAAAAGUGGCCAAGAGCCUGGACCAUCUUCCCAUAUUUAUCGUCGGGAUUCAGAAGCGGCUCAUAAAAUCGUCACUUCCCGAAAGAAGGGAGAAGCUAAUUCAAAAAAGAAAAGAUCUGCAUCAUUCCUCCCAAGUUUUCGUGACCUUAAGCAUCGUCUGACAAACAUGAAACGGGCGAAAAGUCCUAGCCCGGAUCGACUCAUGACCGGACACUCUGCAACAGAGCCGAAACUGACGGAUACGAGUUCAUCAGAUAUGUACACAGAUCCUCAUGAAACUCAAGUUCAUCGGAAGAAAGUAGCGAGAAAUGAAUCGAACACUGCUUCAACUGGAUCCACAGCAUCUGGAAGACAAUCGAGAAGUCAGCAAUCACGACGUCUCAACACAAAUGCUGUACCGAGAAUGGGUAGUAAUAAUAAUAGAAACGUGUCGGCCAGUUCAAAACCAACGAUCGCCAAAAUUUUUGACACUGACAUGAUUCCGAGCAGCGGAGCACUUCGGCGACUCUCUGCUAGUGAUCAGAAUUCGGAUGCUAUUCGAUUCGCUAAACAUCGGUCGUCGAAUGAGAAAAUGAGUGCUACAGAGUUCCUGAUGUCUGAGCAUCAGAGAGAUUACCGUGAUGUCCCGUUAACAACAAAUACUUCGAAAAUUCUGAAGCGUAACACGAUGGUUCUUGGUGAAAACUCCAACUCAAAAUCCAGUACGAGACAUACCAACCGCCGGCACACAGCUCCAAUUCACAAUAACCGACCGCGUCGAAACCGUCCGAAUACUGUUGGCACUGGCCUUCCACACAGGAAAGAUUCAGUGUUGAAUGGAGGAUCAUCGAUAGAAGAAAAGGAGAAUCAAGCGGAUUGUGAGACGGAUGACGCUUUGGAAUCCGCUAAAAAUGUUGAUCAUUCCGAAUGGCUUCUCGAGCAGAAGGCACUUGAGGCACGUUCAAGAAGAGCUGGAAGAAAGCAGAAACAAGCGCCGAGAAAUAUUAAUACGGAAAGUACGAUAGGAUUGAAUGGAUCUAUGGCAGAGGAGCCGACAACAAGUGUAAUGAAAGUGGAGACAAUGGAUUCAGUUAAAGAGGAAUCUCCACAAAAACAACGGACAUCAGUAAUGGUAGUGAUGAGAAAAGAUUUGGACGAGGUUAAGAAUACUAAACAGUUCUGUGACACAGCGACAUCUCCAAUGGUAGUUGAUACACCGAAGAAACAAUCUCAUGAAAAUGGUCAUGUAUGGGUUGGAACGAAACAAGUCGUCACUGUGACACCAACUCCAACGAUCGCGAGACGCCAGAGUCGUGCUCGUCUUUCGUACUCAAAAGCAAACGAAUCAUCACCGUUAGACAUGCCUUCUGGAGCAUCAAGAAGAGAAUCGAGUCCAUUGAUGUCACCUAUAUUGAAACAUGUGACAAUAACAAAUAAUUCACCACAGGCACAAGUGGUCACAUCGUCACCAAGAAGUAGCCUCACUCCGAAAUCUCAUGUGCUUUCGCCUCUCGUUAUCAAAAUGGAUAAGAAUCUUGACACCCCAACACCACCGCCAGUUCCACCUCACUCUCCACCCAAUCUGACUCCGCAAACGUCGCGAGGAUCGAUGGAAGCUGCUGCCGAGAUGAAGAGAAUCACAAUUUCUGGUGUCUCCCAUCAGCCUCGGCGACCACCGACGCCUCCAUCUCAUCCCAAAAUGUCAAACCCAUUUUCUCCAAAACUGCCGAUCAGAUCGGUCACUAUUGACAAUGGAUUUGAGCUUCCGUCGAGUGCCAAAGAAGCUCCAGCCACAGAACAGCCUCCUUCUGCUAAUCUUUUUAAACUUCCACAGUUGCCAAUCACAGCAAGAAAAAUGACGUCGAGUCAAAUUUCGCCACUUGCAUUCCAACGACAACAGAACCCACAUCAGUCAAAAUCGACAUUGUCUGUUCCAAAUCGGGCGAAUCUUCGAGAAACGAAGAGCAUCGAUCCCGAGACUUUGCCGUUACGGUCAGCUCCGCUUCAUGGAACAUCCUCAGGAGGAGGACAAUUGUCCCCACGAUCGAAUGACUACUUUGAGUUUGGAAAAUAUACGAAUGCGCUGAGAUCAGCGACUGAUGAGUUUGCAUUACCCCACAGAAAGCUAUCAGUUGAGACACGCCCAUCGGUUGCCAUUAUUCGAACGAAUAAUUGUGGAUUGGUCCGAUCAAGAGUUCAUCAUUUCCAAGAAAUUGAACAGCUCCAACGAAUUGAUUCUUCAAUGAGCGGCCGUUUAUCCGCCCUUUCUCAAACAUCACUUCGAAGCAAUGAUACUCAUCCAUCUUCAUCUGAUCGCUUCUCAGAUGUUUCCGAUCUUCGUCACAAUUUGACCUCAUCUGAAUCGAAUCGGUCGUUGGAAUCGACUCCAAGCACACCGACAGCAACAGCUGUAACUUCACGGGUUUCAUAUGGUUCUUCUGCUCCUCGCCAUCAUUUUUGA